AUGUCGAGGUGUUUGCACAACCCGGAGAAGAGCCACCGGCCGAUUUCCACCCGGUUUCAGCGCAUCUCCAUCGCCGAUUUGCCGCCGGCAACGCCGUGUUACGUCAUUUUGUGGUUACAAGGCACCAGAAAAAAACACAGAAAAAAAAAAUCUAGAAAGACGUGGACCUUCGCUGUUUUUGUGACUUGUGCUUGUAAUUUAUGGUUUUCGUUAGAAAAAAAUGAUGAAUUCUAUUUUUUUUUGUAAAUUCAACGUCUCGCCUCAACUAUACAGUGUGGCAGUAGCAUUUCAAGUACUACUAAAGUUUUUAAAAAUUCAAGUUAUUUAAACUUUCCGACUAGAAAAAUUAAUAAAGAAAAAGUCGCAGUUUAAUAGAGUACAUUCAUGGAAAAAGUUAACAACGAUUAAAUUUCAAUAUUCAAAAAUUCAAAAAACCUAAAACUUUCUUCUGAAAUAACAAAACUAGACCCUUAACUUUCAAAACUCAAACGCCUUAAAAAUUAUCUCACUUAUAGAAGCUUCAAUAUUUCAUAAAUCCUAACGUAAAAUCUUCGUUUCUUUCUAUUUGCUUCUUCUCAAUUUUGCAAAAAAAAGACUUCCCGACGAAUAAACGCUUCCAACAAAACAAGAAACAACGGCGAGAGCGUUUGAGGAAAAGAUUGAACAUGGAAAUCGAACCCAGAGCCGAAACGCGACACCUACACAGGCAAAUACCAAAACACAAAAAGGUGCCGCCGACCGUUCAGGAUGGAAAUCACUACCGUAUUUGUGCUAAUGCAAAAUUCUCGAUUUCUUCAUUUAAUGUCAAUUCAAUCGAGCAUGUCUCGACCCAAAAUCCAUAAGAAGACUCUCAAGAAAAUCAAAUUUAUUCCAUUGAAGGGAGAAAUUACUAGGAUCAUCUUCUACUCCUAGUAAUUCAAAGAAUGGAGCUAAGCAUCAUUUUCGGAAAAAUUGAAAUGAGCUCAAAUUGAGAAUUUAAAAAAACAAUAGAAAAAAGUGCCUGGAGCAACACGGCCAAUAAGUGUCGCCGUCUUGAGAUGGCCGGUUUUUUCUUCUUCCUUUUUGCCGACCACAAACUCCACAGGCAAAAGAAGAAAAAAGGUGUUGGCGUGAAACAUCAACACCAAAUAGUGUGUUUGGAUGGCUUGGAUUACGGCAAAGCAGAUCUUAAGAAAAACUACGAUUCUAGAGAAUAUUCUGGUCAGGAAAAGCUUGAUUUUCAGAGUCAAUUCCAACAAAAAACUCUAAGAACAUAGAAAAAAGGACCGGAAAAAGCGUGAGUCAUAAAUUGACGUCAGGAACAAGUACGUGGAAAACCGGGCAGAGCUUCAAAGUCCAAUAAAAAAAUAUUUGGUCUCGCUAAUCACUGAAUUAAAAUGAGAGAGUAAAGUGAAUUUCAAGUUUUUCGAAGUAAAAUUGGUAAUAAAACUUCCCAGUAUGAGUUUGGCUAGUUAGCUUGAGGAGAAAACCUCGUUUCGGCUAGUAUAUAAAGUAGUAAGGUUGAAAUGCAUUUUUCCUACUGUCCAAUCUUUUAAUCUCUAAAUUUUUUUUUCAAGAGAGGAAGAUAUACUGCAUGCCUGAGAUGCGCUUUAGACAGUGGAGUCCCUUUCGAUUAAAAACUUUCUUAGCCGUACUUCUGUUAGAAGAACCAUUUCAGAAGUCCUUCACCCUUCUUACGACAGAAGGAUCUUUAAGAAACCUCGGUCCAAGCAUUCAGAUUUGAAAAUUGCUGUUUAGCCAUACUGAAAUUCUCCAGCAGCACCUUCCUAAGUUGUUCACGUCUUUACUGAAACUGGGAGUACACCAGCUUGAGGUUUUCGCUUUGAAAAUGCUGGUUUAGUCGGACAGGUUUUCACUCCAGAAGACAUCUACCUUUUUUGAAUUUAUAAGGUCUAGAAGAAGCGUCAGAACUUUCAGAUUCUCAUCACUGUCUAGCCAAACUGACAUCAAACUUUCAGUGAUACCUUUUUAAGUCAAAAGGCACCUGACGAAGAAACCAUAUGCCUUACAAGACUAAAGUGCAAAUACAAAAGCUCAAAUUCCCACGGCGUGUUUGGAUUGCCAUCCAACACUUAUCACAAACGCACAUAGGAGAAAGAUCGGAAUGUCGAUUCUGUGUUUUGCAGAAGAGACGGAGAAGCCGAAGAAGAAGAUGAGGAAGACGGAGAAGAAACGUCAGAGUCGGGUGCAAUGAUAUCCGGAAAGAUGAGUCAGGCCAGACCAGUCCGGUGGCCAUCGCCGGAGGCCGCGACGCGGCCCAACCGCGAUGGGCGGCCGCUUCGGCCUCCAUCGUAUAAAAGCCUCGCCGACGACGGGUUUCAACGCAGAGCAGCAGCACCUUCUCAACUGA